UGGUCAGCCGGAUUUGGUUGGUUGGAGUGAAAAUCGACAUUGUGCCGGUCGCGUUAAAUGAGAAACUACGUUACUGCUGCGGACAUAUGUCUAGAUGAAAGGCCACUGUCAAGAAGGGUGUCACGGCGUGAGUCUUCCGCUGGAAGCAUAGCCUGAAGUGCAGCGUUCCGACAGCAGACAGAUGUGCAGAGCCCGCUGAAGCUUAUUCGUUUUUUUUAAUUACUUUAUUAAGAGACUUCGUUCUACACAAUCGCUUGGUGACGUAAUGCUUAUUAACGAAAAUCAAAACUUGCAGAGUGUUCUUUUUUAUUUGUAUUUAUACUAUUAUAAUUCUUAUGUGUAUUUCAGUGCCCUUUAGCCUGCUGCUGUAACCCUGCAAUUUCCUUCGGAAUUAAAGUUUCUAUCUAUCUCAAUAGAUAGACGGAUAUCCCCUAAUAUUAUGUAUUAAAAUAACCCAAUUUUCCGCGUAUAAAGUUGCAGCCGAACUAUGCAUUUUAUACAGCCCGUUUACGUAAAUACUAUCGUGGUGCUGCAUACUUUAUUCAAGUACAUCUUUCUAAACAUGUUUGUGUUCUGAUAAGUAAUAAGCGCAGGUGGUUUGUGUAAAUGCACUCAUUUACGUGCGGUUAUUAAUCAAAUCAACCCGUUAACUAUACGUUUAAAACGAGCAAGUUGACCUGGAGUUUUAAAUAAAGUUGUUGACGUCCCACAAUGCAAUGCUUUAACCACUAUGGUUGCCUCCUGAUGAGAAGAGUUUUGUUUUUUGUUUUUAGUUUUUUGGAUAUUAAUGCAUACUUUAUGGUAAUAAACAAAAUUAGAAAACUAGGAAUAUAUUAAUAAAUGUCUGCGAUGUGGUUGCUUUCAACGGCGUUGAUGUCGUUGCUUUUUCAAGCUUCGGCGGCGCAACAGAAAGAUAACUUGGACAGCCCUUGGGAUUAUUUUCAUGCCUGUUUCUUUUCUCUUUGGGAAUACAGGCUAUAUGUAUAUCUGGCAUUGACAGUCAGUAUAUGCAUCUGGAUUGUAGCUCAGAAAAUACAAAAAAGGAAGGAAUUUAUUAACCCAGAAAAGUCCUUUCAAAAUGAAAACUCUGUGCAGAAACAAUCCAUAUAUGUUUCAGGUGUAAAGAUUUUUUAUGGCUCCCAAACGGGAACAGCCAAGACGUUUGCUAAUGAUCUUGCUGAGCAAGUUGAAGGCUUGGGUCUGUCUUCAGAUGUUAUUAACUUGAAAGAAUAUGAUCCAGAAGACAGCUUGGCUGAAGAGAACACUAGCCAGUCAGUUUGUGUGUUUUUGAUGGCUACAUACACUGAUGGGAAACCCACUGAAAAUGCAGAAUGGUUCUGUAAAUGGCUGGAAGAGGCCUCUGCUGACUUUAGAUAUGGCAAGACAUACCUGAAGGGACUGCGCUAUGCAGUUUUUGGAUUGGGCAACUCUGUCUACAUUGGACACUACAAUACGGUUGGUAAGAAUGUUGACAAAUGGCUAUGGAUGUUGAGUGCCAGGAGGAUCAUGACCCGUGGGGAGGGUGACUGCAAUGUGGUCAAGAGCAAGAACGGUAGCAUUGAGGGAGAUUUUGCUGUCUGGAAGGCCAAAUUCCUGAAACGACUGCAGGCACUUGCAAAAGGAGAAAAAAAAGUUUGCACUGGGAAGUGCAAGAAGGGGAAAUGCAAAAACAAGAAGAGUCAUGCUAAGGAGAAAGAAGUACAGGAGACUCCUGGAUCUGAGAAUGAAUUUGAGACCACUAGUGAUGAAGAGUCUGGUAAUGAGGAGGAGGCUUCCCACCGGGCUGUGAUUGAUGUGGAGGAUUUAGGAAACCACAUGAAGAGAGCAAAGAAAGUCCUUGAAGUAGAAGAGCACCAUGCAGAGGUCCAGGUAUCUAAGCAAGCUGUUAGCAAUAAUGAUCACUCAGACGUUAGAGAAAUGGUGACUCCAGCCUUGAGGGAUGCUCUUACAAAACAAGGGUAUAAGCUGAUAGGAAGCCAUUCAGGUGUGAAGCUCUGUCGUUGGACCAAGUCAAUGUUAAGAGGAAGAGGAGGGUGUUACAAGCAUACCUUUUAUGGUAUUGAGUCACACCAAUGUAUGGAAACUACACCAAGCUUGGCCUGUGCAAAUAAAUGUGUUUUUUGUUGGAGACACCAUACUAACCCUGUUGGGACAGAGUGGAGGUGGAAGAUGGACCAGCCCGAAAAAAUCUUGAAGGAGGCACUUGAAAACCACAAGAAUCUAAUUAAACAAUUUAAAGGAGUACCUGGUGUUAAGCUAGAGCGAUAUGAAGAAGGCAUGUCUGUUAAACAUUGUGCUCUGUCCUUGGUAGGCGAGCCUAUCAUGUAUCCUGAGAUUAAUAAAUUCCUGAAGUUGUUACACCAGAAAAAGAUUUCUAGCUUCUUGGUAACCAAUGCUCAGUUCCCUGAGGAAAUUAGGAGUCUCCAGCCAGUCACACAGCUCUAUGUCAGUGUGGAUGCCAGCACCAAAGAGAGCCUCAAGAAGAUUGACCGUCCACUCUUCAAAGAUUUCUGGCAGAGAUUCCUUGACAGUCUGAAAGCACUGGAACAAAAGCAACAACGAACGGUAUACAGAUUAACUUUGGUGAAGUCUUGGAAUGUGGAUGAAGUAAAAGCAUAUUCUGAAUUGGUCUCCCUAGGUAAACCCGACUUCAUAGAGGUCAAGGGUGUGACCUAUUGUGGAGAGAGCUCAGCAAGCAACCUGACGAUGGCUAAUAUACCUUGGCACGAUGAAGUUCUCUACUUCGUUCGGCAACUUGCAGACCUGUUGCCAGACUAUGAAAUUGCAUCUGAACAUGAACACUCAAAUUGUCUCCUGAUUGCUCACAGAAAGUUUAAAGUUGAAGGGAAGUGGAGGACAUGGAUAAAUUAUGAAAGGUUCCAUGAGUUAAUGAAGGAGUUUGAGAAGAGCAAUGGAUUAAAAACCUUCACUGCUGAAGACUAUACAGCCGAGACCCCAUCUUGGGCUGUAUUUGGAGCUAAAGAAAGAGGCUUUGAUCCUGUAGAAAGUCGCUUCCAAAGGAAGAAUAAAGCUAAGGACAUAUCUGGAUGUUGACUUACAAUCGGAUUCUAUGAAAUUAAUUGUUGUUCAAAGUUUUAUGCUAUUAUGUUGUUUACAUUUUAUAUUUUUUAGGGGAUCUGGUUCUAUUUUAUUGUAAAUUUUAACAUUCAAGGUCAAAAAGAUGGUGUCGGCAUAAUGCCAGUGGUGAAACUGGGGCUAAAGAAUGAAUCCAAAACUGAGGCAUGUGUUUCCUUAUCUAGUGCAAGUAUUACUUUUAAUUUUACUAUAAAGCUGAUCAUAACUGCAAAUAAAUGUCAGUCUUGUGAAGAUUCAUUUUGUGAUAGCCUUCAUUUUUCUGAACCCAGUGGACUAUUCCAUCCUUUGAGUUUGUUUAAAAAAUAAAAUAAGCUGUCUUUGGGACUCCUAGGCAGAAGUAAGCAAAAAGAUUUUGUUAAUAAAAGUGGCAAAUUCUAAAAAAUUAAUUGGUUAUAACAGUGAUAUGAAAUAAAAUAAAUCCAGGAGCAUUAAGAAAUAGAAUAGUUGGCCCUUUGGUUUUAACAAAUUCAAAAUGAAAUGGUUUUGUUCUUAAAUCAGAUGGUUUUCUAAUGUCUACUGUGUUUAUAAUCAGAAUGCACUCCUAAUGACAAAUUACAAAUGUGAAUUGGAUAAUCAC